CAUGUUCACCUUGGUUACGGCCGGCAAAAGGCUGAGAAAGGAAGGGCAGGGUCUUGCUUAUUGCAGACGGGGUUUUGUGAGUUUUUGAGACAGGGUGUGGUGUUCUUCAAGGCCUCGGUCAUUGGUCGCUGGAUUAUUCAAGGGUACCGAUGGCCCUGCAGCAGUGUCUCUCAAGGGGAAGGAAGGUGGUGCUGACAAACCUUCUCCCUAAAAGCUCUACACAGUUCCGACACUUGUUCAGUGCCAGAUUACUGGACAGGACACAUGUGCAAAAUAAUGUAAAUGGCAGAUUAUUAACUUAUGCUCACCAAAAAAACAGCAGCAUUGUCUGUACGAAGUGGCAUUGCUUCCAAACAUUGAGUUGUAACUAUUCAAAAAUGGAUAAAGACAGAGAAUUCUUGAAGAGUAGUGUAGUACAGGAUAUUGAUGAUAUUGAUGACGAUGGUGAUGAUGAUGAUGAUGAUGAUGGUGAUGAUUAUGUUGAUGAUGCUGACCAAAAUGCUAUCAGUCACAUGGAACGCACCAAAAUAGAAUUCCAAUUGGACAAAAUAUUCGACAAGAAGGAGAUGUCAAGCAAGGAAUGGGAGGAAACGAUUAAGUUAAUGUCGCGUGUUAAUCCGUUUGUAUCUGCGAGGACUUGUGACGCGAUAACCAUGAAGAAAUGUCUCAGGGAGGAGAACUACAGUCUGGCCACCUCAUACAUGGAGCACCUUCAGCGGCAGGGAUGUGAGCCAAAUCUGUCCACCCUGGGAAACUACCUGCAGCUGUGUGGGAGGCGGGUGGACCAGUGUGGGGAAGACCGAGUGCUAGAGUUGUACCGCAAACUUAUGAGGCAGGUUAAGGUACUUGAUGUCAGACUGGCCAAAAAUGUCAUUCUGAGCCUGACAGCCACCCGAGAGUGGCGCAAGGCCCUGGAUCACCUGUUUCAGUUAAGGAAGAUGGUUACUUCCUUGGAGGACGUGUACAGCGCCAUCAUCACGGCAGCCUUCAGGGCGGGCGAGUAUGAGCUGGGCUGGCAGUACCUUGCAGACCUAAGGGAACAGAAUCAGAUCCCCCUGGACUCUGUGUUUCUGGAAUGGGUGAAGCAGUGUGAGGUAGCAGAGAGCAAGGCGGAUAGGGAAGCAAUGGCGUUGACUCUCCUUCGGAAGCUAGAGAGCCAUGAGAUGUAUCCAAGUGUGGAUGUGAUGAGGGAAAUAACUCAGCUCUUCAGGGAUGGACUGGGAUGGUCAGCACACUACUUGAAGUUGAACAGGAAAGGGGUGUGUCCAGCCUGCAGACACCAGCUGGAGACCAAGGCAGUGAGUGAAGAAGAGUUCAGGAAUCUGCAGGAGGAGUUCGUGCCUCGGGUGUUGGUGAGGUCUGACAUCUUUCGCUCCACCAACCCUGAGGAGUGGGAGGACUUUAAGCAGUAUGUGGAGGAAAGGAAGCCCUUCUCUCUUGUAGUGGAUGGACUCAAUGCUUCUUACAUCCUCAACAAGAAGGGUGAACACUUUCGACAUAAAUCUCUGGAGGAGGUGGUGACUCAGGCACUGCAAAAUGAGUCAAGAAGCCGCAUCCUGGUACUGGGACGUCAGCACAUGCAGAAAUGGAUGAAGAGAAUGAGAUGGAACAGACAGAGGGUGGACUUCUAUACACUCAAUAAUAUGACAAAGGAUGAUGGUUUCUUCUUGUAUGCUGCCCUCCAGUCAGGUCUCGGCACUAAAUUUGUCACCAAUGAUAUGCUGCGAGACCACUUGUUCCGCCUGGGCGAGGUACCGCUCCGUGAUGCCUUCAGGAGGUGGCAGAGGACCCACCAGGUGAUGGCCUACUCCUCUGCUGGCUGCGUCCGUCUGGUGGCACCAGCCAAGUUCACUACGGUGACUCAGGAGUGGCAAGCUGGCGGAGAGAGCGGCUGGCACGUCCCUUAUGAUGACGGAGCCCAGCGUCAGUCUUACGAGGUGCCUCCCGCCUGGCUCUGCCUCCACCCGUCUCUCGUCCUGCCAUCCCCGCCACUACAUGUCAGCCUCGAACCGCUACCCCUCAACAGGACCAAGAAUACCACUAAUCCUUAUCAGCGCCUUAUUCCCACUAAGGACAGCAGUGGAGGGAUGCUUAAACAAAAACAGCGUAGGAGUGAUGAGAUGGACGGGCCUUCUAUGGUUAAAAAUCUCGCUUCUAAUGUUCCUACUCGCGUUUCUCUUCGCCCUAGUCAGUUUCCUCCCAAAAGGCGGAAGUCGGAAAAGGCGGUUGGGAAAGUUAAUUUGAAUUCUAUAUUUUCUGAUGACAAGAGUAGAUAGUGACGCAAUACAGUUGAUAAAGGUGUAGCAAGGGAUAACAUACGUAUAGGUGUACUUUUUAUUACUUUUUUUUCGCUAUGUGAAGAUUUUUGUGAGGUUAGUGACAUAGUAAUGAUGUACAGUUGAUAAGAUAAAUAAAAGAUAACGUAGGUGUGUGU